UUCACACCAGUCGCUCAGUUUGAUCGGGCCCAUCAUGUUGGCGCAAUUGUCGCGCAGCGCCACCCGCGUCGCGGGUGUCCGUGCUCUGUCUACGAAGACCCAAUACGUGCUUCCUGCGUUCCCUGUCCUCUUAGAAGACUUGGAGCGAGAUGCCAAGCAGAACAGGUUCAUCAAGGUGAGCAAGCUCACCAACCUGUUCAAGCGCGUGACCAACAAAGACGAGUUGAACGCCGCGACGAGCGCAUUCAAGAUCUACGAGCGCAAGUACAUUGACCCAGUCGAAAAUACCGCGGGGGAAUUCAUCAAGGCGGCGAUCUCGCAGGAUGCCGGUGAUGUUGCCCUCAACGCCCUCGCAAACAACUUCCGUGUUGGCCUCUUUUUGAACGCUCGUUCGCUCAACAAGCUGCUCGCGUACUUCGAGGCAAAGCACGACGAUGCCAGUAUCAUCGCAGCUUUCGAGGCCACCAAGAAGUUCGAGUUCAAGCCCAAUGCCGCGACUUAUCACACCGUCGUCAGUGCACUAAUCCGAUCAGGCAACGCUGAAGCGGCGGCAGAAUUGGUACAAACCGCUGCGUCCCAAAACCAUCGCGUGUUGGAUGAAACCAAAGCGUUGAGCGAAGCUGCAAGUGUUUCUGCUGCGGCCGAAGUGGAAGUCUCUCCCGAAGCCGAGGAAGAAGCUGCUUCCCCUGCAAAGGACCCAGAAUCCAAGGAUAAGCCUUCCUCGGCGUAAUUGGACUUGCGCUAGAAACCAGUUUUUCUUCCCG